UUUAAUAUGUACGUUUUACAUAAUUACUUAUUGUAUAAUUAAUUAAUAAUUGUAUGUUUGUUGUCCAUUAAAAUGGCUGUGAAGCAAGAUAGCUGUUCUUCAUGAUGUUCUUCUGAUAUGUUCUUCAUUAGAUAAGGAAUGGGUUUAUGGGGCAACUUUGCGUAACAUGUCUUCUUUCUCCUGUUGCCAAUUGUGGUUAGAAUCUGUCUCCAUGGUAGCCUCUCCUGAGUCCCAACUAUCAUCUCUGGGUUCAUCGGACUCACUGGAUACCAUCAUCCUUUCAGACAGCCCUUCCAGAAAGUGUCAGAGGCUGGAUUCAGAGGCUAUGCAACUGGUGAAAUCCAUUCUUACCAAGAAAUCUGGUGGAGAAUAUAUAAUAAAUGAAUACAUCCGAACUAAGACCUUGGCAGAUGAGAGCAGAACGAAAAUGGUGAACAUACUGGCAGCUGAUAUGACGGAGAAGAAUGGUACAUCUCCACCCAGACAGGUGAAAGAAAUGUAUGCGAGAGGAAUUGUGAACUUGUUCCCCUACCUCAGAGACCCAUUCUCCAAGAAUGGCUAUGAGCAUUAUUAUGAUGGAGCCAGUGGUACUGGGUACUUGGCCUGGAGAAUUAAAACUAUUCAGAGAUGCAGUGCUAAAGACAAGCGGUCAUUAUUUGGAGCAUCAGCGGAAGGACCAUCUGGUGAGGACAUGUCAGGAGGACCAACUGUCAGACAAGUUUCCCAAUUCGUUCCAGAGACUGUCCUGAGUGAAGAUGAGUGCAAGGAAGCAAUGUCACUGAUGAAACAUUCAGCUAAUGAGGACACAGUUAGGAAGAAGAUAAAGGGGACAGUGACCUCUCAUCAAUUUUACUGCUGCUACACUUGAUCCCACCUACUGCUCUAGGUCGGAAGAGGCCAGGAAAGGUGUCUGCGUCCCGGGCUGAGGAGCAUCUUGUGGUCUUCAAGAAGACGGGAACAAGCAUCCAAGAGCAUCUCGAUGCCAUAACUAGUAGCACUCAACCCUAUCUCCUGGCUGUUGGAGUGAGGAAGAAUGCAAUCCACCAGUUCUUCAUCAUUCUCGACAAGAAUGCUAUACCUUGCAGGUCACCCUCUUCUCUUGGUGCUUUUGAUGAACUGUUUAAGGUACACUUCGUGUUUGGGACAUCAUACAACACCAUGCUCCACACCAUGUACACGUUCAUCCAAACCACUGUGUACAACAUUGAUGUUGGCAAAUUUUAUGCCGACCUAAGGUCAGUGUUUUUAUAUUCUGUACCUGAUGUUGAUAUUUUGGCCUGACAGGAAAAUAAAAGUUGUUA